CUGCUUUGCGUGCCAUCAUUCACAGUAAUUUUACUCCGUUAAUAGUUGUAUCAUUUUAUUGACAAAGCAACAAAAGCAGGGCGAGCGGUGACAAUGGAGAACUUUAUUCGGGUCAAGUGGAGAACGUGUGCAGUGCUGAUUACAGUCUCAGGUAUCAACCUGUUCAUCAAUCAUGUGACUGGAAACAAGUCUUGUACAAGCAAUAUAGACAUUCCGAGUAACAAGGAAUACAAUACAUCUAUAGGACACCCCCUCGCCUUAAGGUGUCCAGUCCAUUUCUGCCCUGGGGAAGCCCCCAAUGUGACUUGGUGCAAGUUCGAAGGAUACAGAUGUCAGCCUAUAGAUACAGACUCCAGGAUCUCUUAUGAAUGGACAGAACUGACUCAACUUUAUGGGAUUUAUCUUUUGCACUUUAUAUCAGUUAAUGAAAAUGACAACGGAUACUAUCAAUGUUCUGUGAAUCACCAAAAUCCACAAUCAGAGGGCAAAAUGCUGAAAGUUAAUAUGUUGAGCAGACCUCAUGAGGAUAACUCAUCUGGUGACCACGGGAACGUCAGCAAGUCCUGGACGACGUACGUUUUUAUUGGUCUCCGGUUCCUGUUGGUCAUUAUGGCUUACUCAUUGUUAUUUGUAUAUAUUCGUAGACUCAAAGAAAGCCAUCGGGUACAGCAGAAGACCGCCAUAAAGAACAGGGUUAGAUAUAUAACUGCUCAUAAAUCGUCACACAAGAAGAGACCAGCAAAGGUUCGAGUUGGUGCUGUCCCUCAACGCAAUAUAGAAGAUGACCCACCUACAGAGUCAUUCGAAAUGAUUUGCGAAGAUUCUGCCUCUUGCGAUGAUGAAUGUACAAACAGCCGUUUAACGCAGGAGCAAGAAUGUGUCUAGAGACAAGAGCAUUAGAGCAAGUAUUCUAGAACCCAAGAACAUCCUUCUAAGCAUGAGCAUAUGUAUAACACCA